GUACUGCAGAAGUACUUCAACAUUUUCUCAUCCUGUUCAACGUUGACGAGAAAUCCUCACUUCGCCUUUACUGCUGUCACUGUCAACUUGUCAAGUGCAAUUCUGAGCUGUUGCUGCUCGCGCCCGAAAAUAAGAAUGUCGGAAAGACGGGCUUUUGUGAUGGUGCAUUAUCCUCUGUACUGCUGGGUCUUGGGUUUGCUCAUCGUGCACCAGGUGGGAAUCACAGUCCGUGCUAAGCCUGCGAUGAUGGAAGACUACGACUCGCCGGUCAUCUAUUCUGGUACCAAGGUGCGCGACAGAACCCUGGCACCUUGGAUGGUGUACCUGCAGUUGGAUGUCAGAAUUGCUGGUAGAAGUAUGAACUGCGCCGGAUCUCUCAUUUCCAACAGGAUCAUCCUCACGGCUGCUCACUGCGUCACCUAUCAAUGUGCUGACAGUGGGGAAACAAUAACAGGCAAGGGUGUACGAUACUUUCUGGGAACAUUGUCAACCGUGUUUGAUGGCCGGGAUGGCAGUGGGGUGAUAGUAGCAGAACAAAGGGAUAUGAUCAAUGGACUCAAGGUACACCCAGAAUAUGUUCGACACCCCCCAAAGAACGACUUGGCGUUGGUUAAGAUGGGCGACAGUGGAGGACCAGUAGUGACCCAGUUGGGCGAGGCCGCUGUGCAAGUGGGAGUGGUCUCCUUUGGGGAAGACAAUGCAUGCAGCGGGACGAGAGCCUCCGAUGGAAACCAAGAUGGCGAGAUACUUUUGAGACGCCCAAUGACGAGCGCUGCUGGAGUCCUUGGUCCCGCCAUCGCUUCCGGCACCGGCAGCAGCAUCCAAUCCGCGUAUUUGGCUGCUGCUACUGCCCGGAGGGAUUGUAACGUGUUUGCCCCCAGUGUGGAGAUGAAAGUGUCCGCCUACAGGGAUUGGAUCGACUCGGAAGCCGACAAAUUGGUGCAGGCUGGGUAAUCAGCUAAACGAACCCACAUUAUUCAAGAGCAGCACAAUUUGACCUUUCAUGCUGGUUAUAUAUAGACAAGGUCGAGUGCUGCAGUGGGCAUCAUCAUAGUGUUUGGGAGUGGAUAUACAUAAAAGUGAAGAACAGUUUAGAAAUCACUGUCUUCUUUGUGCUGAUCAGCAGCAAGAAAAAUAUAGAAGCUUUCCUAGCUCACAUGCAGGAAUGCAAAAAAAA